GCCCACUGACUAGACGGGAAAACAACUCCAUGCCGCACUCUCGGGCGAAUUCACAGCAGGCACUUCAAAUUGGCUCGGGGCCGUUAUGAUUUGCGCAUAAUGUCGGCAGAUGUCGGAAUCCAGAAAUUCUCCUUCCCCUUCUCCUGCUCUGGCCGGCAGACUGACGAGAGCCAGACGGGAUGCAUCCAGGUGAAGGCCCCGGAGCUCAGCGGGCUUACAGAAAAUCCUCUUUUAAGCAGGCCGAGCGUUGUUGCCUUUGAGGGGAUUUUGGCAGCCUGCGCCAACCCAACAUCCCCCGCUCCCAAAACCCCCACCAUGGAGGUCCAAGCCCCACAGAGCGCCGUGCUUUCCCGACGCAGCGUCUUUGAGAAGCUGGCGGCCGAGGCCGAGGACCAGCGUCCCACGGCCAAGAGGCAGCUGUCGUCCGAGAGCGCCUCCAGGAACAUCGCGGUGGUGAAGAAGAGCGCCGUGAGGGCGGAGGAGCCGCAGAGCGACCUCAAACCCAAAGCACAAGUCACACUGAGGCGCACAGUCACGGCUUCAGUGAGAAGGAGGAAGACGCGGAAAGAUCUCUUUGCCAACUCCAACAUCUUCCACCGGCUGGAUUCGCAUGUCAUCAGGGUGGGUGCAGAGCUUAAGGAAAAAGACGUUCGUGACGUGGCGACCAUUGUCCAGAACAUUGCCAGCAUUGCCAAGACCGAGUUGGAGAAGAUCCGCGCCAUCUGGGUUUGGCUUUGUUAUAACAUCGAGUACGACAUCGGCGGCUACCUGGGACGAUCGGAGAAGCUGUGCUCGCCGGAGGAAGUGAUCGCGACUGGUCGCGGGGUUUGCUGCGGCUACUCCAGCCUCUGUCUGGAAAUGUGCAGGUUGGUGGGCAUCGAGUGCCAAGAGGUGGCGGGCCACAGUAAGGGCAUCGGCUACCGCCAGGGGCAGAGCCUCCGGAACGUGAAAUCGGAUCACCUAUGGAACGCCGUGCUCUUAGGUGGACAGUGGUUCCUAAUGGACGCCUGCUGGGGAGCCGGACGGGUGGACAUGGAACACGAGAGCUUCGUCAAAAGGUUCGACGACUUCUAUUUCCUGACGGACCCGGAGGAGUUUAUCGAGUCGCACUUUCCGGACGAAGAGCGAUGGCAGCUUCUGGAGGUGCCCGUCAUCCUGGAGGACUUUGAGAAGCGAGUCUUCAAGACCUCAGCCUUCUUUGACAUUGGGCUCCGGCUCCUUCAGCCUCAUCACUGCCACCUCGUCACCGAUGAAGGCGAGGCCAACAUUUCCAUAAGCUUCUCGCGGCCUGUGACCUUCACCUACGAGAUCACGCCGCAGCAGGACUUCCUCCACUCGGGUACACCGGAACACAAGGAGAGUGGCCACUCGUCCUUCGGCAUCCUCAGGGUGUCCCGACGCAGCAUGAACCUUCAGCUGCUGCCGCCUGCUAGCGGCACCUACCAGCUGAGGCUGUACGCCAGGCCCGAGAGCGCCACCACCCCCCUGAGUUGGGUGUGCUCCUUCACCGUGGAGUGCCCGCGACCCAGGGCCACCGAGGAGAUCCCGGAGAACCCGUAUCUGUCAUGGGGGCUGCAGCCAACGGCCGGGUCCUUGGGAGUGACGGGUAGCAAUCUGGGCAGCGAGGUGGCCGAGGUGGAGGACGGGCGCUUCAAGUUAGCAUUGAGGACGUCACGCUCGCUCAUGAUGCUCUGUGAACUGGUCCACCCGGACCUGGAGGCUUCGGUGACAAAGCGUUGCUUAGCGCCGCAGAUCCAAGCAGAGCUUCUGACUUGCCACGUCCUCUGCCCGUCACGCGGCUUCUACCGCCUCUCCGUCUUUGUGCGCGACUACGAGAAGAUGGACGUCAAGUUCCAGAACGCCGCCAACUUCCUGCUGCACUGCCAGGUGAACGCGAUCGGCCAGGACGAGCUCUUCCCGCCCAACCUGGGCUCAACGUGCGGGCCUGGCACCCGCACCUCGCAGGCGGGCUUGUCCAAAUUCAGCCACACUGCGGCGCUGGUGAGCACACCACAGGGCAAAUGCAACAUCACCUUCCACAACCAGCGAGACCUCGACCUGCACACCACGCUCAACCAGGCCGAUGAGGACAAAACCUCGGCCUUCCCGCUGGCGCGCCACCUUUUCUGCACGCACACCGACAGCAAGGUGACGGUGAGCGUGGGCCUGCCGGGCGCCGGCACGUACCGGCUGGGCUUGUACGCCAGGACCGCCCCCGACGGAGACUUUAACCCCAUGUGUGACUUUGUGCUGAGGAACAGCUGCGCCCAAGCGCGCCUUCCUUUCCCUCGCGUCUACGCUGCCUGGAGCAAAGGCUGCGUGCUUUUUGAGCCCCGCGCCGGACUGCUGGACGCCGCCUCCUGGGUCCGCUUCCGGGUGAGGGUCCCGGGGGCACGGCGGGUGUGCGUGGUUGGUGACGGGCGGACGGAUCUGAAAGCCAACAAGAGCCGGGUCUGGGAAGGCGAGGUGUUUAGCGCGGAGGCUGUGGCCGAGCUCAAACUAGCGGCCAACUUGGGAGAUUCUGGAGAAAUGGCCGUUUUGAUGACCUUCGACGUAAAAAAGCCGACGUUUGGGUGUUUACCUUGAGAUUCAGCUUAAGGUCCUGCUCUUUGUCCUCACUAGUAAGACAAUUCAAGCUUUGAAAGCCAUUUAAGCAUUUGAUGUCCUUGAGAGCCAUCUUAAGGUGAAAUCCCGAUCAAAAGAAUUCCUUUUGCCUUAGUCCAUAUCAGGUGUGGCCUGCAUCCGCUCGACUGUUCACUCAACCCAGCGAGAGUGACGAGUGUUAACACCGGGCUGUCAAGGUGCUCCGCAAAUAAACCAACACAAUGGGGGGGGGGGGGGGGGAUGCCGGCGGUGGAUAUUCACAGAAACACUUGGUUGAUAUUUCAAGUGGGGGUGUGGGAGGGGGGGGGGGGGGUGGCGAGGUGUGUGUGCGCGCGUGGGCCUUGCCUUAAGUCGCUGGGGGAGAAACAGGCGGCUCGGCGGUGGCAGCAGGGAAAGCUGAUGUCAGGGGCUCGCCAUGUGGACCGCUCCAUCUGCCUGGCAACAAUACACACGCACGAGGAAACAGGAGCCGUAAAAGCUACGCACGCGGGGCCGCAUCGGUGACGUUCUUGGCACUUUUGGGGCCGCUCUUGCUCUUUAUCACCACUCAGUGACACAAAAUCAAACAGUUGGGCCACAUUGAUGGUCAGGAUGCAUUUCAUGAACCUUUGAAAUGCUUUUAUAAUUUUUAUUCUUGUUAUUUCUAAUUUCGUUUUGGUUUUAAAUUUAGCUGGUUUUGAUUAGUUGUCAGAAUGGGUUGUUUUCAUCGGGAUUGUUUUUUUCCCAAAAAUACUAUGCUUUAGUUCUGUUGGAAUUAGGUUGACCUAUUUUUUUUAUGUGAUUACCACAUUACACCACAGUGAGUAUGAAUGAAUGAAUGAUCAGUUAAUUCUCAAAUCAAAUACAGGCACUUUCUAAGAGUCCACAGAGCAAAUGCAGUGCAUCAUAUUGCUUCUAAAAAGUUAAAUCGAAACAUUUUUUUUUUUAUUAUUCAUUUCUGAACCAAGAUAGCAGAGCACUAGUUACCUAGCAUCACAUUUUGGGACCAGAGCGGGUACGCCUACAACAAACCUUUUUGUUUUUUUUCAAUUUCACUUUUCAUAUUUUGUAAAAGCAUGCAUGAGGAGAUUUUAACAGUAGCUUAUCUUACAUUUGAAAUGCUAUUUGCAUGAACUUCAGUGGGUUGAGAAAAAAAAUGAUACUGUAUCACUAGAAAUCAAAACAAAUAAAAAAAUGAAAUUUGU